AUGUGUGAUGAAACUUUCUCACAGGAAAGUCAUUUGAAUGAACUUUCUUCUGUUUUUAUAGGAACGAAACCAUAUUCAUGUAAUCUAUGUAAUAAAACAUAUAAGAAUAAAAGUAGCUUGAUUCAACACUCUCUUGUUCAUACUGGAGAGAAACCUUAUUCAUGCAAUUUGUGUUUUAAAACAUUCAAAGCAAAACAGAACUUAUUUGAACACUAUCGUGUUCAUACUAAAGAGAAGCCUUAUUCAUGCAGUGUGUGUAAUAAAGGAUUCUCGCAGAAAGGAAACUUAAAUCAACACUAUCUAAUCCACACUGGAGAGAAACCUUUUUCAUGCAGUCUGUGUGACAUAACAUUUUCAGAUAAACGAUAUUUAAAUCUGCAUUCUCUUGUUCAUAUUAGAAAAAAAUUAUUUUCAUGCAGUAUAUGUGAUAUAUCUUUUACAAGUAAAAAAAGUUUAAGUAAACAUUGUCUUGUUCAUUCUGGAAAGAAACUUUAUUCAUGCAGUAUGUGUGAUAAAACAUUCACACAGAUUAGACACUUAGUUAGACACUGUCAUGUUCAUACUGGAAAGAAACCUUAUUCAUGCAGUGUGUGUGAUAAAAUAUUCACACAAAAAGGGACUUUAAAUCAGCACUAUCUAGUUCACACUGGAGAGAAACCUUAUUCAUGCAGUGUGUGUGAUAAAACAUUUGCACGGAAAAGAGGAUUAGUUCGACACAGUAUUGUUCAUACUGAAGAGAAACCUUAUUCAUGUAGUGUAUGUGAUAAAACAUUCAAACAGGAAAGUUGCCUAGUUCAACACUGUCUUAUUCAUACUGGAGAGAAACCUUAUUCAUGCAGUGUGUGUAAUAAAGGAUUCUCAUUGAAAAGAUAUUUAAAGGAACAUUCUCUUGUACAUUCUGAAAAGAAACAUUAUUCUUGCAGAAUGUGUGAUAAAACAUUCAAACAGAGAAGAAGUUUAAACCGUCACAAUUAUAUUCAUUCUGGAGAGUAA